AUGUAUGUGUACGUGGGAGCCAACCUGCCUGAAGAGCAAGCAGGUGGAUCUAUGUCUGAGGGGACUCAAAUGGGUCUGAAUUUUUCAGCAUGUCUGGGCGAUGGAUGUGUGAUUGCUGCAGAACAUCCUUUUCAGCACCAUGGACAGUUUUCAGCACCUGUCACUGUACUCUUGGCAAUACUCAUGGGACUCCUCGUCUUCGUCACUGUCUUGGGCAAUGCUUUGGUCAUCUUGGCAUUUGUGGUGGACAAAAGCCUACGGACCCAAGGAAACUUCUUCUUCCUGAACUUGGCCAUGGCAGAUUUUUUAGUGGGUGGAUUUUGCAUUCCCCUUUACAUCCCAUAUAUUCUGACUAAUGAAUGGAGAUUUGGAAAAGGCCUGUGUAAGCUCUGGUUGGUGGUAGAUUACCUAGUAUGCACAGCCUCUGGAUUCAACAUCGUCUUGAUCAGUUUUGACCGAUUCAUCUCAGUUACAAAGGCGGUGAGCUACAGGGCUCAGAAAGGGAUGACCAAAAACGCAGUGGUGAAAAUGGCUAUGGUGUGGAUUGCAGCAUUUCUCCUUUAUGGUCCAGCCAUCAUCAGCUGGGAGUACGUAGCUCAGCAAAGCAUCAUACCUGAGAAGAAGUGUUAUGCUGAGUUCCUCUACAAUUGGUACUUCCUUAUGAUUGCCUCCACCAUUGAGUUCUUCACACCAUUCAUCAGCGUCACGUAUUUCAACUUAAGUAUCUAUUUUAAUAUUCGCAAGCGGACGCCAGUCAGAAGUGAGAACUCCCCACCAGGCCAAAAGGGCUGUGAACAUUUUUGCUGCAGGAAGAAACAAGAGCAUGCCAUAUUUUUCACAAAAAGAGAGGACAAAAGGAAUGAAAAGGCGAGCAACUUCACACCUAGCAAGCCCGCUAUCGCGAGGCUCAGCAUCCAUAACCUCCAGACUCUCUCAGUAGAGUUUAACAUCAAUCAAGAUCUCCCACCUUUGCAGGUAGACAUUCAAACCAAAUCACCAUGCGGUGGUUUCUAUAAAGCUCUAAAGAACGUAUCUAGCACCACACAGAAAGCAGAGGUUGCCAAUACUGCGGCUAGCCGGUUUAGGCUUUCCCGAGAUAAGAAAAUAGCAAAAUCUUUAGCCAUUGUUGUCUGCACCUUUGCUGUAUGUUGGGCACCCUACACCCUUCUAAUGAUCAUCAGAGCUGGUUGCCAUGGGCAAUGCAUCCACAAUGAUCUCUAUGAAGCAUCGUUUUGGUUACUGUGGCUGAAUUCAGCCAUUAACCCAGUAUUAUAUCCGUUAUGCCAUGUGAGUUUCAGGAAAGCCUUUUUAAAACUGCUCUGCCCAGGCAAGGCAAAAAUCCACCCAAAUAUUUUUACGUGA